AUGGUCGGCGCACUCUGGAUUGACAGCGGCUCGGAGAGCGACACCAACGCUCAGCCGCGUGCACGCCGCUCACGCCAGCCCUCGCACAGCACCGAACGAACUGCUAGACCUUCACGCACAUCGCCGCGACAAAGGCGUCCGCGCUCGCCAGGGUCGACGUCGGUGAUCGUGCUUUCUUCCUCACAGAACGACGAUGCUCACAGUUCAGCGCCAACGCCCAGCCGACUACCUUCGACUAGCCAAGAUGGUCAAGCACAGGCGACAGAGCUGACGCACAGCCAGCGCAUGGCCAGUCUCAUGUCGCAGUCGUCGCCCGACUCGUCCCUUUCCAGCUUCCGAGGAUUGCUCGCCCAGCACUCUACACGCGGAGCCGCUAGCCGGCCCGGCGCUUCAUUUCAGACCGACGCAGACACGGCAGCUGCAUCAAAUUCUCAUCUCUUGCCUGCUUCAUCGCGAGCAGGUUCGCUGAGGCGUAGAGCUUCACAGCCUGUUGCAUCGAGCCCACAGCAAGACGCACCGACCUCUCAUCGAGUGCGCUCUGCAAGGACACCGGUCCGCAAUCCGAGAACAUCCACCGUCCACGAAGUGAUCGAGUUAGGUUCCGACUCGAUAGCUGAUCCGGCCAGCGAAGCGGACAUCCAGCACUGCUCGCCCAACUCAUCGCCCAUUCGAUCUCAGUUCAGCACGAGGCAUCUGCCCAGCUCCAGUCUGCCGAUACCCGUGUCGCCGCUGCGUGCCAGGCCGACUCGAGCUUCAGUCGCGGUCGGGGAGCCAGCAGACACGUCUGUACGCCCGCCAGCGUCCAAGUCGCUACGACAGACAAUGGAUCUCCGGGUGCCUCGAUCGACAUUACGCGUCGAGUCGGCACCGAUUGUCAUUCUCUCAAGCAGUCCGCCGCCGGCGACGUUGCCUCGAGCGUCGCAAGCAGAAAUGCAUUUGGCGCACAUGGACGACGAGCUUUUCCCGGACCUGCCGCCGUCGUCUUUCACGUACGAGGCGGGUGCGCUUCCGAGUCCACCGUCGUCACCCUGCGUCGGCGAGGUUGCGCAACACGACACGUCUCCCUCGAUCAACAAGAGAACGGCCGCCUCGACGUCCAAGCUGCCGUCGCCCAAGCGAGCACGGCCGCUGCAGAGGACCACGUCGCUGCUCGACGCGCUCGACAAUCUACACGUCCCGAAAGACACGGUGGCCAAAGCAAGCAAAGCGGUCAAAGUGUCGGAAGAGGGAAACGGCACGGCGGAUGUGCCUCCGCGCACCAAUGCUGACGAUGGUGGAGCCUCGCAUUCGAAAAGCACGAGCAAGGCUGCAAAGGCUGCGGCAGCCAAGGAGGCGCGCGAGGCCAAGGCGCGCGAGCGUGAGGCGGCCAAGGCGGCGAAAGUGCGGCUGGCCUCCGAGAAGAAGCGGUUCGUCGAGGCGAAUCGACUGCGCACGUCCAAGUCCGAUACGAUGCGCGAGCUGAUUGUCGACCUGGACCGCACGCUCUUCGCCAAGGACAUGCCGCUGGCCACGUGCGAGCAGUCGAUUGUCGCGCGGCUGGUCGAGGAGGGUGCGACGGUGCACAUGUGCGAUAGCGUCGUCGCUCCACCUCUGAUCAGGUUCCGGAGAAAAGUCAAGGCCGAGUGGUCGGAUGAGCGCAGACACUGGGUUCCUUUGGACGAAGAGCAGGUACGCAGGGAGCCGGUGACCAUGGUGUAUGUGGAUGCGGCCGAGGUGGUGAGGCUGGUGGGAGAGGGCGAAACGGCACUGGAAGCUUGGUAUGCGGACCUGGAGCGCAGAUUGCUGGCGGUCAAUGCGGGAGAGGUGGGCAGCAGGGGUGGCGAGCAGCAGGUGUUUCUCAUCUGCCAGGGGCUGGUCAAGUACUAUUCUCGCUUGCGGGCGAAUGAGAAUCGGGCGUAUACGGCGAGGAUCCGACAGCAGCUGGCGGAAGGAUCGAAUGCAGAGGUUGCAGCGGAGUCGACGGGGACGAGGGCGGCAGGUCGCAAGGGCGCAGGGAGUGGGGAUGUGCCGGUGCAGGCGGUGGUGGAGCGUGCGCUGCUGCAGCUCAAGAUGAUGCGGCGGUGCUACGUGAUCCACGCUGCGUCGUUAGUGGAUGGGGUGGAGUGGGUGCACCAGCUGACGGGUGACGUCUCACUGCGUCCAUACAAGGCGUUGCGCGACACGCAUCUCUCGUUCGCAGUCGACACGGGGCGCAACACGUCGUCGAGCGAUCCCGGAAUGAUCUAUGCCAUGAUGCUUCAACAGAUCCCGCGCGUUACGCCCGCGAUCGCGGCGAGCAUCGCUACGCGCUACCCCUCGCUGCACGCUCUCGUCGCUGCAUACAAGAGCUGCACGAGCGUUGACGAAGAGCGACGAUUGCUGGCUACGAUCCAGAUUGAAACCAACCGCGACGGCACCGUGCGCAGCACCAACAGGGCGAGUCUGGGGCUGCAGCUCAGCAAGCGCAUCCAUGCGGUGCUGAGGGGCUCCAACGCCGACAUGCUCAUCAACCAUCCCACCAAGGACUGA